UUUGAGAUGGAGUCUCACUCUGUCACCCAGGCUGGAGUGCAAUGGCGCGAUCACGGCUCACUGCAACCUCCGCCUCCCGGGUUCUAGUGAUUCUCCUGCCUCAGCCUCCCAAAUAGCUAGAAUUACAGGCGCCAGAUGUGCAUCCAUGUGAAUGUGCCUCACGAAGAUCUUCCAAGUUCUUCCCCUCAUUUGAGCUCAAUUUCACACAGGUGUUCCUCCUCCAAGGCACUUUCUCUUACCUCACAGGUGCGCUGCAGCGUGGCCCCGCCCCCUUCUCGGCUCCGCCCUCUCAUCCAGGCUCAGGUGCACAAGCCGGAAGUGCGCUCUCCUCCCAGGUGAGUGACUAAACUUUCCGGGUCACGUGAGCGGGCGGAGCCGGUGGGAUCGGACCGAAAGCCCGACCGACGGACGGAGGGUUCGAGGGAGGGACACGGACCAGGAACCUGAGCUAGGUCAAAGACGCCCGGGCCAGGUGCCCCGUCGCAGGUGCCCCCGGCCGGAGAUGCGGUAGGAGGGGCGCGUGCGAGAAGCCCCUUCCUCGGCGCUGCCAACCCGCCACCCAGCCCAUGGCGAACCCCGGCCUGGGGCUGCUUUUGGCGCUGGGCCUGCCGUUCCUGCUGGCCCGCUGGGGCCGAGCGUGGGGCCAAGUACCUACCUCUUCUGCAAAUGAGAGUAGCACUGUUUUGCCUACAUCCACCAGCCCCAGCUCCAGCUCCAGCUCCAAUGGCACCCUGUCUCAGGGGGCCAUCACUGCUAUCAUUGUGGUCUUCUCCAUCCUGGCCGCCUUGCUCCUGGCGGUGGGGCUGGCACUGUUGGUGCGGAAGCUUCGGGAGAAGCGGCAGACAGAGGGCACCUACCGGCCCAGCAGCGAGGAGCAGAUACCACCUAAGAAGUCAGUGCAAACUUUCACCCCUUUGACUAAUAUGAAGCAAGUAUUUCCGGAGGAAGUCAUCCAGAAAUAAAAUGGGAGCCACAAAGCAACAUGGCAAAGUGCUCCUGUCUCAAAGCAGUGAAGAGGAAAAUCGCAUGGACAGUUUCAAGCUGCAAAAAUUGGCACCAGGAAGCUUCUAGGCUUGGGGGAAAAAAGGCAGAGCUGGAAUUGUAGCAUUGGAGGACAAAGAAUGUUUGCCAGUGAACCUUGGCUGUCAGUUUUAAAGGGGAAGGGUAGAAUUCCCACAAUGAGUAUCACAAACACAAAAUAAAAGGGGGAAGAGUUGUGAAUGGUUUAACUGCUGGUUCAGUUCUGAUUAAAUCUUGUUCGUUUAAAGUUUAAA